AUGAAACGCCACAGGCAUCUAAGCACCAGUGACAGUUCAGACAAUGAGAGUCCUUCCACUUCCUUUUCUUCCUGUUCUAAAUACAGGAGCAAGUCAAAAACACCAGCAAAUGAACAGAAGAAACCUGCUGAGGUGUUCCGCAAGGAUCUCAUUAGUGCCAUGAAACUACCAGAUUCUCACCAUGUCAACCCUGAUGAAUAUUACAUCUUCGCAGACACGUGGAAACAAGAAUGGGAGAAAGGGGUUCAAGUUCCAGCCAGUCCAGAAACUAUUCCACAGCCUUCUCUCAGGGUUGUAGCAGAAAAGGUGAAAGAAGUACUGUAUACACGACCCAGGAAAUACAUCCACUGCUCCAGCCAAGAGCCCACAGAACCAGGCUACAUCAACAUCUUGGAACUCGCAGAAUCUGUGUGUCGCUAUGACUUGGAUGACAUGGACAUCUUUUGGCUUCAGGAGCUAAAUGAAGAGCUUACAGAAAUGGGAUGUGGGCCCCUGGAUGAAAACACAAUGGAAAAGACAAUUGAAGUGCUGGAGCGGCACUGCCAUGAGAACAUGAAUCACGCUAUUGAGACUGAAGAAGGAUUGGGUAUUGAAUAUGAUGAAGAUGUCAUCUGUGAUGUGUGCAGGUCCCCUGACAGUGAAGAUGGAAAUGACAUGGUGUUUUGUGACAAGUGUAAUAUCUGUGUCCAUCAGGCGUGCUAUGGAAUCUUAAAGGUACCCGAAGGGAGCUGGCUGUGUCGCACCUGUGUCCUGGGAAUACAUCCUCAGUGCCUCCUGUGUCCCAAAAGAGGAGGUGCCAUGAAAGCCACCAGGACAGGGACCAAGUGGGCACAUGUGAGCUGUGCUCUCUGGAUUCCAGAGGUUAGUAUUGCGUGCCCCGAAAGGAUGGAGCCAAUCACAAAGGUGUCUCACAUUCCACCAAGUCGAUGGGCUCUAGUCUGUAGUUUAUGCAAACUGAAAACUGGUGCUUGCAUUCAGUGUUCUGUGAAAAGCUGCAUCACUGCCUUUCAUGUCACCUGUGCCUUUGAGCAUAGCUUAGAGAUGAAGACGAUCCUGGAUGACGGGGAUGAGGUCAAGUUCAAGUCGUAUUGUCUAAAGCACAGCAAGAACAAACAGAAUUCGCUGCCGGAUGUGGAAGAGCACCCCAAGAGUGUGUCAGACCAGAAGCAAACGGAGAGCGAGAAAACCAGUUUGCGAGCCCAGAAGCUCCGAGAGCUGGAAGAGGAGUUUUACUCACUGGUUAAAGUGGAGGAUGUCGCAGGAGAACUGGGCCUUCCUAAACUUGCCGUAGACUUCAUCUACAAUUACUGGAAAUUAAAACGAAAAAGUAACUUUAACAAACCAUUGUUUCCUCCCAAGGAGGAUGAAGAAAAUGGCUUGGUGCAGCCAAAAGAAGAUAGCAUUCAUACUCGCAUGAGGAUGUUCAUGCAUUUGAGGCAAGACCUAGAGAGGGUAAGAAAUCUCUGCUACAUGGUAAGCAGGAGGGAGAAGCUGAAGUUGUCUCACAGUAAAGUACACGAACAGGUCUUCAAUUUGCAAGUCCAGCUCAUUAAUCAGGAAAUUGCUGCAGGCCAUACCCUGACAAGUGCACUAGAGAACACGCUGUUCUACCCACCUCCCAGGAUCACCCUGAAGUUAAAAAUGCCCAAAUCGGCCCUAGGAGAUUGCAAAAAUAACUCGCUGAAGCCUGGCAACAGAGCGCUUUCUCCUGACAGCAACAGCGCCGUUUACAGCAAGCGGAGCGUGUCGAUGGCAAAGGAAUCGUUUGAAAUUAGAGCAAAAUCCUACUCCAGGUACCAGCACGACGGCAGGAGUAACGGGCUGCUGGCAGGGAUCGGCAAGCCGCGGGGCGAGGCGAAGGACUGCGGCCCCACGCCGGAGUUUUACCGGGGCCAGCCCUCCGGGAAGCCCCUGGCGCUCCAGGCUGCCUUGCACGGACAGGCUGCCAUUGGGAACGGCCGGGUGCAGCAGGAGAACUCGAGGCUGGCGGCCAAGUCCAACGGUCUGAUGGGCAGGGCUGGAGACGUGAGCCAGAAAGACAGCUCCAGCCAGACGCCCUACGAACAGGAGUCCGUCCUCACGGCUCACUUGGCCAGCCAGAGCGGUUUCAGAAAAUCCACCAUAGAACAUUUUAGCCGGUCCUUUAAAGAGGCCACCAACAGUCUGGUGAGGACCACGGAAGAUCUCCGGUGCUGUGAAAAGCCAACGAGAAGACUCGCGACCAAAGAUCGCUUAUGGAGCAAGCAGACGCUUGAAGGGGCUCCCUACCAGGACAACGACGGGUACUGUCCUGACUUGGAGCUGAGUGACUCUGAAGCAGAGAGUGAUGAAAACAAAGAGCAAGUGAGGUUAAGACGAAGUAGCUCAGAGAGAGAAAGCCCUAGCAAGGACUUUGGAAGAGAUUGUCACAGUAGAAACAAAAAGAAUAUGAUUUCUCACGGUUCGGUACAGAGGUGA